CUCCCGUUUUGCCAAACUGAAUGGAAAACAGAGCAGCGAUGCAUCUCGACACAAAGGACCAGGAACAAACUUUUGCAGGCAGGAAGUGUAAACAUUUCAAUGUUUGCUGUGGUCAAAACCACUGAAGAUGUCUGAGCUUUGUGUAAAAGGGAAGGAAGAACAGACAGGCUGUACUCAGGAGGAGAAGCAGAGCGACAGUGUCCGUGCUGGAUGUGAAGAUGGGGCACACUUUGCUCUGUGUGCUGGGGUUAUUCUUGCUGAAUACACUCCUCUACGGACACGCUGAAGUUCACAACAGGGCCGUUGUGACUCUCCAACCCAACUGGACUCAGAUCUUCAGUGGUGAGAAGUUCACUGUCAGAUGUGAGAUCCAGGGAGGAGGAGACACUAAAUGGACGUAUGAAUGGACACCAGCCAAAUUAAACAGACCUCCAACAGACAAUGAAUACAGGAUCAUCAGAGCUACUGAGUCCCACAGUGGAGACUACAGCUGUAAGGGUAGAAGAGACUCAUAUUCCUCAACAGAGUGGAGUGAUGUCAUCACACUGACGGUAUCAUCUCAGAGACCAAAGGCUGAACUGAGAGCUGACAGGAGAGACUUUCCAGCAGGGGGCAGUGUGACCCUGAGCUGCUCUGUGAACCCGUCAUCUGGUUGGAAAUACUUCUGGUACAGAGGAGAGAAAACCUCUGAACCUCUGAACACACAAGAUGCUGUCUUCAUCUCAGAUGGACAAAUCAGUGUCUCACAGGGAGGACUCUACUGGUGCAGAGGAGGAAGAGGAGACCCAGUUUACUACACAGAGGACAGUGAUCCAGUCAGCAUCGAUAAAAUUAUCACAAACAGGGCUGUUGUGACUCUGCAACCAAACUGGUCUGAAAUAUACUCAGGAGAGACGAUCAGUCUGAGAUGUGAGAUCAAGGACGGAGGAGACACUGAGUGGGAGUACGAGUGGGAAACAACCAGCUCAUACAAACCUUUAAACGACAGUGAAUACAGGAUUAGAUAUGCUUACUCAUCCCACAGUGGAGACUACAGGUGUAAGGGCAGAAUGAAAAGUGCACAGCAGUCUUCAACAGACUGGAGUGAUCCUGUCAAAUUAACAGUAUCAGACAAUAGACCCCAGUCUGUCCUCACUGUGUCUCCAUCCUGGCUGAGUCCUGGAGCCUCAGUAACUCUGAGCUGCAGAGUUAAAGAUCCAUCUGCAGGAUGGAGGUUCUUCUGGUUUAAGGCUGUUCCCAAACUAUCAGGCAACUACUCCUACGACCAAGAGCUGCUACCUGGCAGCAGCAACGGGACUGAACAGGAUUCCUACAUCGUUCAUGGACAGACACACACAGCAGGAUAUAAGUGCAGAGCUGGAAGAGGAGAUCCAGUGUAUUACACUUCUUACAGUGAACCAAAGUUUGUCUGGUCUGCAGAUUUUCAUUCAUCAGCGUCUCUCACAGUGAGUCCUGACAGAGUGCAACACUUCACCUCUGACUGUGUCUCACUGAGCUGUGAGGGAAACUCUACUGAGUGGAGAGUGAGGAGGUUUACUGAGGACGACUACCCGUCAUACUCAUCACACUGCUCUUACUGGGGCACAAUGACUGGAUCCACAUGCAGCAUAAACAGUUACCAGCAGAGUGAUGCAGUGUACUGGUGUGAGUCUGGAUCAGGAGAGUUCAGCAACGCAGUCAACAUCACUAAACAGAAUGAACAUAUUAUCCUGGUGAGCCCUGUCCGUCCUGUGACUGAGGGAGAUCCUGUUAGUCUCAGCUGCAAGUUCAGGACAGAAAUAGUUUCAGAUGUGUUUUUCUAUCGAAACAAACUGAUUCAAAAUGAUAGCAGAAGGGAGCUGAACAUCUCUGCAGUGUUGAAGUCAGAUGAGGGUUUCUACAAGUGUCAACACUCAGGAGAAGAGUCAGCACAGAGCUGGAUGUCAGUUAAAGUGUCCAGACCUGAAAGCUCUUCAGUUCCUGUACCGUUGAUUGUUGGGCUGGUUUGUGGAAUCGUACUUAUUCUUCUUCUGCUCCUUUUGUAUCGCUACAGACCGUCCAAAGAUUCCUGCUCCAUCAGGCCAAUCCAGUCUGAGAGCACUAAUCGAGGCCCUGACACAGUUUAUGUGGUCGACCAGAAUGAGGCUCAACGUGACGAAUACUCCACCCUUCUCCAUGGUGAUGUUUGUCUCUAUGAAACAAUCAAAGGCUCCAAAGAAAAUGAAAAUGGUGAUGAUGCUCGUCUCUAUGAAACAAUCAAAGGAUCCAAAGACACUAAAAAUGAUGCAGAUGAAUCCCAGGAUGAAGAUGUUCUUUGACUGAACUUAAAAACACUGGGAAGAAAGGGAACAACAUGAACCAGAGGAGAGCUCUGUUUACUCUGAGGUGAAGAUAGGAACCCCGAGUACAGUCAGUUACAACAGGCAUGCUCAGAGUUUGGAUUAACAUGUGUCAGAUCACCACA